UAAAAGACUAUUAAAAAGAAAGUCCUUUUGGAAAUUUUCAACAAACUGACUUUAAAAUGCCUUCACGGUCUUUUAAGGAAGAGAGUGAAUAUCUAGAGCGCAUUUCUGAUURUGCAUAUCUUAUCAAGAAAGGGUUCGUUCCAAACAUGAAGGUGCCUGGUAAAUUCUACAUAAAUGAUGCACUAGAAAAGAUGAUGUUUGAUGAGCUACGGCAUUGGUGUGGCACUGAUGUUGGAGGAUUCCUUCCUGGUGUUAAACAGAUUGCUAAUGUUGCUGCUUUACCAGGAAUAGUUGGGCAUUCUAUUGGUCUACCAGAUGUGCAUUCAGGAUAUGGCUUUGCUAUAGGCAACAUGGCUGCAUUUGACAUGUCUAAACCAGAAGCAGUUGUCUCUCCAGGUGGUGUAGGGUUUGAUAUCAAUUGUGGUGUUCGAUUGCUGAGAACAAACCUUGAUGAAAAAGAUGUCCAACCAGUUAAAGAAAGACUAGCUCAGGCUUUAUUUGAUCAUAUUCCUGUGGGAGUUGGUUCUAAAGGAGUCAUUCCAAUGGGACCAAAAGACCUAGAGGAGGCRCUAGAAAUGGGUAUGGACUGGUCAUUAAGAGAAGGCUACGCAUGGGCAGAGGAUAAAGAACACUGUGAGGAGUAUGGGAGAAUGUUACAAGCAGACACAAGUAAAGUCAGCACGAAGGCCAAGAAGAGAGGACUGCCACAGCUUGGCACUCUUGGCGCUGGAAAUCAUUAUGCUGAAAUACAAGUAGUAGACAAAAUAUUUGAUGAAUUUGCUGCGAAGAAAAUGGGAAUAGACCACACAGGACAGGUAUGUUUAAUGAUUCAUAGUGGGAGCAGAGGUCUGGGCCAUCAGGUAGCCACAGAUGCAUUAGUUGCGAUGGAGAAAGCAAUGAAGAGAGACAAGAUUGAAGUAAAUGACAGACAGCUUGCCUGUGCCCACAUCAAGUCUCAAGAAGGACAAGAUUACUUAAAAGCCAUGGCAGCGGCUGCUAAUUUUGCAUGGGUUAAUCGUUCUAGCAUGACAUUCCUCUCAAGACAGGCAUUUGCAAAGAUUUUCAAGAGCACGCCAGAUGAUCUGGACAUGCAUGUCAUCUAUGACGUGUCACACAACAUCGCGAAAGUUGAGGAACAUUUCUUUGAAGGAAAGCAAACACAGCUACUUGUUCAUAGGAAGGGAUCUACGAGAGCAUUCCCUCCUCAUCAUCCUUUAAUCCCAGUUGAUUAUCAGCUCACAGGUCAACCAGUACUGAUUGGAGGGACUAUGGGCACAAGCAGCUAUGUUCUUACUGGGACUGAUAAAGGGAUGGAUGAAACAUUUGGGUCUACAUGCCAUGGGGCUGGGCGAGCACUUUCUAGAGCAAAAUCUAGGAGGACAUUUGAGUAUCAAGAUGUGCUGGCCAGUCUUCAACAGAAGGGCAUCUCCAUCAGAGUAGCAUCACCAAAGCUUGUUGUGGAAGAGGCUCCAGAGUCUUACAAAGAUGUUACGAGCGUGGUCGACACUUGUCAUAUGGCAGGAAUCAGUAAGAAAGCUAUCCGAUUAAGGCCGAUUGCUGUUAUCAAGGGGUGAACGAACAAUGCUACAGAUUGUCAAUAAACACAAGAAUGCAUCAAGCUGGCAACAUGUCAACAGAGAUAGGGGAGUAAUUGCAUGGAUCUUCGAGGAAUAAACAACAACACCAUCAGCAACAAAAAAUGUGAAGCUGAACAUCGUGUUACUAACACCUCAUAGCCACAAUUCAAUAAACCGUUUUACCGAUA